ACGUGGGAAAUGUGGGUAAUCAAAGAAUUCAGGCAAAACCUUUGUUAACUGUCUCUCUUUGGAUUUGAGCUUCUGGCCAAGAUAAACUGGAAAGGCAGUGUCCUCCGGGCCUGUGACAGUGAAUCAGACGGGUGGGGCUUGGAAGAGGGAGGAGCUACUUUUUUUUGGUUGUUUUUUAGGUUUCUACGGUUAAAAGUUACUUAACUAGGCUGCAAUUGCUUCCUUUAGAAACGACUUUCCAAUUCUGCUCCAGGGGAAGAAAACAAGGUAUUAUUUUCCCAAUGGAUUCUCUAACACAAUCCAUCAACCGAUUUGCCCUGGAAUUUAGCAAAAAGCUAGCUGAAUCUGCUGAGGGUGAAAAUAUUUUCUUUUCUCCCUGGGGCAUCUCCACCUGCUUGGCCAUGGUGUAUCUGGGCACCCGAGGCACCACCGCAGCCCAAAUAGCCCAGGUACUUGAGUUUCACAGAGAUCAGGACAACAAAGCUUAUCCUGAAAGUGAAAAGAAAAGGAAAACGGACUGCAACUUGGAGAGGGUUGAAGAAAUACACUCGGGUUUCCAGACACUCAUCUCUGAAAUCAACAGUCCCAGUGAUGACUAUGUACUUAAAACAGCCAACGGGAUCUACGGAGAGAAAACUUACCCAUUUUAUAAUAAAUAUUUAGAAGACAUGAAAACAUACUUUGAUGUAACACCACAGUCUGUCAACUUUUUGGAAGCUUCUGACCAAGUCAGAAAGGAGAUCAACUCUUGGGUGGAAAGCCAGACUGAGGGAAAAAUCCCGGAUCUCCUACCUGAUGAUGCAGUGGAUUCUGCUACCAGAAUGGUUCUGGUGAAUGCCCUUUACUUUAAAGGACUCUGGGAACAUCAGUUCUCAGUCCAAGACACCACAGAGAAGCCUUUCAGAAUAAACAAGACCACAAGCAAACCCGUGCAAAUGAUGUCGCUGAAAGAAAAGCUUCCCGUUUUUCACAUAGAAGAGCCACGAGCCACCGGCCUCCAACUCCACUACAAGAGCCGUGACCUCAGCCUGUUCAUACUGCUGCCGGAGGACGUCGGUGGGCUGGAUCAGCUGGAGAAGGCCGCCACGUACGAGCAGCUGAGCGAGUGGACCAGCGAGGACAUGAUGGAGAUGUACCAAGUGAAGCUGCACCUUCCCAAGUUCAAGCUGGAAGAGAGUUACGACCUCAAGUCAGUCCUGAGCAGCAUGGGGAUGAGCGACGCCUUUGACCAGGGCAAGGCCGACUUCUCAGGGAUGGCCGCAGGGCGGCAGCUGUUCCUGUCCAGUGUUUUCCACAAGUCUUUCGUGGAGAUAAAUGAGCAAGGCACAGAGGCUGCCGCGGCCACCGGGAGUGUGGUGGGCUUCCGAUCCAGACCCCUGUCCAUGGAUUUCAAUGCCGACCACCCAUUCCUCUUCUUCAUCAGGCACAACAAAACCAACAGCAUUCUCUUCUACGGGAGAUUCUGCUCCCCCUGAGCCCGCGUCUGUCUCAUCGAACCAGUGACGUGAUGUGGUUUUCACAUCAUGAGAUGGACAGUUAUAAUAAUAAUUAGUGUGUAGUCAAGAUAGUUUUCACAUUUGAAUAUUAGCAAAUAAAUCUUGAAAUAAUG